AUGACGAUAGUUCGUAUUAGUGCCAUUGUAGCAACCUCAAGGAAAAACGGCAGAAGACAUUACCGUGGAGAGAGUUGCGAUCAGCAGCAACUGUUUCGGCUUCAGAAGGUGGAAAAUGUGAGACGUCCGACAAAAGGCUCCAACAAAAGGAAAUAUGAGAUACUUAGCAGCAACGGGUAUUUCGGCGGGAAGAGAUACUUCCGUCAAUCCGUCACUGGUAUUGGGCGGGAGGUCUCCUUUAGGUGUUCUACCUCCGAUCGGCUCCGCUCCGGCACUUUGUCGCAGGUGAGAGACAUCAGUGUGCAAGCUAACGUCGCUUGGCAACUGAAUGAACUGAGGGAGGACUUCAUCCGCCUCUCCAUGGAGCUCCGUAACGACAUCCAGUAUCUCAAAACUUCCAUCGAAAAUGUUCCCACACCAGCUGCGAGAGAACUCUCUGAUUCGGGUGAAGAUAUUAACUAUCAAAUACAAGACGAUUUCUCAUACUCAGAAGAUGAAGGUUAUCAUCGGCACCACAAUCGCCAUAGGCCUUGUGAAUUUUGGCAGGGCGGACAAGCGGAAUUCCGGGUUAAGUACGUCGCUUGCCGUCUAAAGGGUGGUGCAAGUGCGUGGUGGCUACAGCUAUUACAAAGCUGUCGGAGGGAGGGCAAGGGACCAAUUCGUAAUUGGUUUCGCAUGAAACAACUACUCCAUGGACACUUCCUCCCUAUUGAUUAUGAACAAAUGCUAUACAUGCAAUACCAGCAUUACUCGCAAGGUUCCCGCUCGGAGUCCAAAAAUCAGCUUGUUGCGAGGUAUAUUGGUGGAUUGGGGGAUGUGAUACAAGAUAAGCUUGAGCUAAAUUCGGUCUGGACCCUCUCUCAGGCAGUAAAUUUUGCGUUGAAAGCUGAAACACAGCUUGUCCGUCAUUCUCGCAGCCAUUCUGUCUGCCGGUCAUAUGUGGAACAGAACACUGACUUCAACCAGAGCAAUGUGGCUACUCCCAAGCCACCACGAGGGGCCAAACCGCCUACUGCGUCUCUUCCUAAUUCCGAGUCAAAUGUCACGACCGAACCUAAAGGACAAGGCAAAGCACCUGUUCCAGCCAGAGAGAAUCCAUAUAGCAUACCCAGUAGUUUGAAAUGUUUUCGCUAUUUUCAACCUGGACACAAAUCCAACGAGUGUCCAAAUCGACAGCGUAUUCAAAUCCUAGAGGGUGACAUUCAUAAUGUCGAAAGCGAGCAGACUUUUACGGAGCAAGAACCUGAGGGAAGUAUUGAAGACGUUCAUGGUGAUGACGGCGAACCCCUCGUGUGUGUCCUACAUAAAUUACUAUUGGCACCUAGAAAUCCUAAUGCUUCUCAACGCAAUGCCCUAUUCCAUACACGAUGUACCAUUCAAGGCAAAGUCUGUGAUUUGUUAAUUGAUAGUGGUUGCACUGAGAAUGUAAUAUCCCAUUCGAUUGUUCAGGCAUUGCAAUUGAAGACUACCCGCAAUCCUCAGCCUUAUAAAAUCAGUUGGAUCAAAAAGGCGAUGGAUGUGAUGGUGUCUAAUAUGUGCCAAGUUAACUUCUUUAUUGGGAAACAUUUCGUUUGCGAAGUGUUAUGCGAUGUCAUCGACAUGGACAUUUGCCAUCUUAUCUUGGGGAGACCUUGGCAAUAUGAUAUGAACGCCAUUUAUGAAUGCCGACAAAACAUCUACACAUUGGAAUGGAAGAGACGAAAGCUCAGCUACAAAGAGUCUGCUCCUGCUUUUUAUACACUGGAGGUACAAGAGUUGUUGAACAAUUUCAGCGACAUUCUUCCAAAUGAGCUACCAUCGAGAAUGCCUCCCAUACGCUCCGUACAACACAAAAUAUACUUGGUCCCAGGAGCCACAUUGCCGAACCUACCGCUUUACCGAAUGAAUCCGAAGGAGUGCUCCAUUUUACAGAAUAUUGUAGCUGAACUGCUUGACAAACAGUUAAUUCAACACAGCCUGAGUCUGUGCGCCGUCCCUGCUUUAUUGGUUCCCAAAAAGGAUGGACAGUUGGCUGUCAUAUUUUCCAAGUUAGAUCUGCGUAGCGGUUAUCACCAGAUACAUAUACGCCUGGGGGACGAGUGGAAGACCGCCUUCAAGACGCGCGAUGGGUUAUACGAAUGGAAGGUCAUGCCUUUCAGUCUUUGCAACGCACCAUCCACGUUCAUGAGAUUGAUGCAUGAGGUGUUACAACCAUUUUUGGGUAAAACAUGUGUCACUUACUUUGAUGAUAUUAUUGUGUUUAGCACUAACCUUUCAGACCAUCUUUGCCAUUUGGCUGAAAUCAUGCAAGUUCUUCGCCACCGUGAACUAUAUCUAUACCUGGCAAAGUUUGAUCCCAGGAAAGUUGCAGCUAUUCGAGAAUGGCCCACGCCUCAAUCUCUAUUUGAUAUUCGAAGUUUCCACGGGCUAGCAAAUUUUUACAGGCGUUUCAUCAAGGGAUACAAUAUACUGGUAUCUCCGCUCAUGGACUCCUUGAAGUCCAGCAGCUUCAAGUGGACGCUCAAAUAA